UAACAAAGGUGUAGACUGUUCCACCGAAGCACUCUCUGUCUUUCUCUGUUGUUGUCUCGAAAACCCUGAACCCAAAGGGUUCGUUUGUAGCUUCUUCCUCCCUAAACAUACCGAGUUCGCCACCUGGAACCCACAACUGAGUCGUGACUCGGUUCUUUCACACUGAACCAUGCAAGUUUUCUCUAACGCUCGCCGAGCCUCUUGGCUUCUCCUCUUUCCUCAUCUCCGAACCUCGGAAGCUCCUCACUCCACCGCGCUCUCUCUCUUCUCAGGGCUCGCGCAACGUGAUUCCCGGCAAGUGAACACCGAUCCGGUACACUGUUUGUCGAAGGCUUUUUUCUCUUCCGGAAUGGAUACCGUUGAAGCAACUCCAUCAGAGGAUGUGAAGGAAUUAUACGAUAAAAUGCUUGACUCUGUAAAAGUUAAACGAUCAAUGCCUCCAAAUGCUUGGUUAUGGUCAAUGAUUGCAAAUUGCAAACAGCAGCACGAUAUUAGACUUCUGUUCGACAUUUUGCAGAACCUCCGCAGAUUUAGGUUGUCGAAUCUUCGAAUUCAUGACAAUUUUAAUUGCAAUCUUUGCCGAGAAGUUGCUAAGGCAUGUGUUCAUGCAGGAGCUCUUGAUUUUGGAAUGAAGGCUUUGUGGAAGCAUAAUGUCUAUGGACUGACUCCAAAUAUUGCAUCUGUUCACCAUUUACUGACGUAUGCUAAGAACCACAAUGAUACUAAACUGUUGGUGGAAGUAAUGAAGCUUCUGAAGAAGAAUGAUUUACCACUGCAACCAGGCACAGCAGAUAUAAUUUUUAGCAUUUGUUAUAAUACAGAUGAUUGGGAGUUGAUUAAUAAGUAUGCAAAAAGGUUUGUCAUGGCUGGCGUAAAACUACGACAAACCUCAUUUGAAACAUGGAUGGAAUUUGCUGCCAAAAGAGGACACACUGAGUCAUUAUGGAAAAUAGAAAAGUUGAGAUCUGAAUCAAUGAAGCAGCACACUUUGAUAACUGGGUUUUCUUGUGUCAAGGGUCUACUGUUGGAACGUAAACCCAGUGAUGCAGUUGCUGUCAUUCAAGUUCUAAAUCAGACCUUGUCUGAUACAAAGAAAUCAGGCAUCAAGGGUGAACUUCAGAAGCUUGUAUCCGAGUGGCCUUUGGAAGUUAUUAAGCACCAAAAAGAAGAGGACAGAAAGGCAUUAUCAGCCUCUUUGAAAUCUGAUAUCCUUGUCAUGGUUAGUGAGUUACUGAGCGUGGGUCUUGAUGCAAAUGUAAGUUUGGAAGACCUGGACAGAAAGGAAUGUAUUCCACGAUAGCAUGGAGUUCAGAAUUUGAUGACAUUGUGUUUCAGAAUGUGCUUGUUUGCAGAGUAUCUCCUUACCAGGAUGCUUCCUAGCCCUGGUUAGAUACUGAGUCUGCGAACAUUGCAAACGUUGAUUACUAAAUUAAAAAUUAUUAUUUUGCUUCAAUUCUUACUAUUUCUUAUUUUCUGUACAACAAGUACUUACGGUUUUGGUAGCAUAGUAGUGGGAUUUAGUACGUGUUUUGAGAACUGAAAUUUGGAUAUCAGUAGAUUAUGUUGGGACAAAAAUAAUCUAGCACAUGUCCUCUACUCUGAACUGCAAGAAAUUGCUUUGUUUCUCUUCAAGUGAAAGAUACAAUCGUGGCUUUUUAACCUCUAGUUCAAGUGGGCCCUACCGCGAAGGAAUGCUAAGGCCUAAUAGUUGCAAUUUGUGUCAACUGGUCGAGCAGAAGGUCCGGUGUAAGUGUAACAUUCAAUUGUUCUACUUGAAGUCUUGAACCAAUGUUUGUUUUUUAUUCACGAAUUGUAGGUAAUAUGGGUUAACUUGUUUAUUUAAAUGCUAAA